GCAGUUUAUUGCAAAUUAUAGUCACUUCUGUGACAGCAAAAGAACUCAUUUUCGUGUAAAAAUUCUAUGGUAUACAUUCUACUACACUUCUCGAGGUGGCAUUAGAAGCCAUGGAGAUUGAGAUUGAAGGACGGCGUAUGGUGAUCCAGCUGAAUUGGAGCCGUCCGAAACUGCAAGACCAAUUGCUUAAAAGCGCCUUGACAUUGACGAAAGUCGACGCUGAUGCCGGACAAAAUGUCACGCCGACUCAUUCAUUGGCUGUCUGUUUGCUUCAACACGGGCUGAACCGUUACAGCGACUUGCGUAGGCUGGGCGAGGCAUGGCGUAGCACAAAAUCUUGUGGGAUCAACUGCGACGAAGGUGAUUGGAUCCGAUUCUGCCAACAUUUGGAUAAAAAAACCGAAGCUGAACUUGAGCUGAAGAAUGAACAAAUAACUAAGAAAGCUUCAGAAGAAGUAACACCUCGAUCAUCAACUGUUAAUUUACAGCGAAUCAUAAAAGGGGUAGUUGAUACCCUCGACCAAUUCCAAUGGUUGGGAUUGUUAAACACGUCAAGUUCGUUCCGGGUCGGUUGCAUUGUCGGAGAAGACUAUGUAAUUGAUAUAAGACCGAAAAUCUACGAAUCAGCCGAGUCUAUUUGCAGGCAUCAGUACGUAUGGUACGAUAGCGAUUCACAAACUUUUCACGGUAUCGCCAAAUGGAUGGACACAUUUCAAGAUCGACAGGCGUACCGUGUCGCUCUGUCUUGUCAAGUGGCUCAAAAUCUCAAAGACUUUUGUUGCUGUUUGCUGAAAAAAGGCAAUCCAGGUGAUGAUGAACUGGAAACGCGAUCCAUGGCCUAUCUGAAAGAGCUGAACCAACAGCUGGACCGUAACAUCGAGGAUCACUUAGCGAUGGUAGAUCGAUGGGAUGAGGCCAGCGAGGAGAGCAGCAAGCUUAAGAUCCUACUACACGAACUUCUCGAUCCGAGUUUCGACGAGCACAGAUUCGAAAUCAACUUGGAACUGAGACAAGAAUUCAUCGAGAGCUUAGAAAAAGCUUACGGUGAGGUGCAGAUUCUUCGACAAGAGGCCUAUGAGAAGGCUCGACUUCAAGCCAUUCAGAAUAGGGAAGAGGAUGAACGCAAGGAACGGCAGUUCAAGUUGGAAAUUGAAACCGCUACUGCUGAAAUCCAACGACUCGAACAGGAAAUUGAAGUGGACGAACGAUCGGCUCAACAGCAGUUCGGAGAUCGGACGGAGCAGAUGAAGAAGGCACGUUACCGCGACCUGUGGCAGACAGCCAGGUACAAAGUGCUGGAGACGAGCAACCGAAAGAAGCCACUGAGAUUCAUCGGUGCCGUCCAGGUACUCAUCAUGCAAAAGCGUGAGCUACUAAAGAGCAAGACCGAACAACUAGAAUGGGAUCGCUUCCGUUUGCUGCUGCACGGACUGCCUCCUCCGUUGGAGAUCGCCAAACACGGUCGCAAUCACAAACUAUUCGCCAUCGAUACCGAUGCCACAGCCGACGCCCUGCUCACUGACGUCCUUGAGGAGUUGAAGCUUUUGGAAUUGUUUCUGAAGCAGGGAGGAAAUCUUCCGCUGUUGAUGUCGUACGCACGACAGAACUCGUCCAAGGUUUUGGCCGAAAUUCGACGCAUCCUCGACAAGAUGGUGACGGAGCCCAUCAACAGCAUGUCAAAUCAAACGUGGAGAUUCAGCGGUUGCGCACUCCUCUUGAGUCACAUUUACAACCAAUGGAUGACAAAGAAUUCGUCAUCGUCCGAACAUCGCUGUGAAGAGAUCACAAUUGAAGCUUCCCGUGUUAUCUAUAUCGACGUGGAUUGGAUGACGCCGGGAUUGAGUUUGGCUCUGUCGUCGCCUCGAAUCGAAGCCGUUGGAACGGGCAUACGUCGCGUGAUUGACUUAUCGGGUGAAGACGCCAAACGGACAAUUCCCGAAAAAGCCAACGAUGGACGCGAUGCUGGAUUGAGUGGCGACGACGGAGAGCACGGAGCGGCCGGUCAGAGUGCCGGUCAUUUGUCUAUUAACUGUGACACUUACCUCGGCAUGCCGCUCGUCAUCCAUGCCAGAGGCGGUAAUGGUUCCAAUGGACAGAACGGCGGCAACGGAAAACCCGGAAUCAAUGGUCAAAAUGGAAGAAACGGAGAGCUACAACCGAAAGAGAAAGUGAAUCAAGAUUUCGAUUUUAUACCGUUGAGAUAUUACUGGAACUUUCCGAAAAGUGUCUAUCAAUAUUGUUCUGGUAAAAUAUACGACACUUGUCACUUGGUUCUAGGAGAGCCCGGAACACCAGGCAAGUCCGGCGGGAGCGCUGGAAGCGGCGGGUGCGGAGGACAGGGAGGAUUUGCUGGCAAAGUUGAGGUGGAAUGUGGCACGGGUGGUAAUCUAAUCGACAUAGCGCAAAAUGAAAACGGCAAAGAUGGCACGGAUGGCAAACCUGGAACAAGCGCCAAAGGGGGAGAGGGGGGACGCAACGGCGAUGACUCGGCACGUGUUUUUGAAACAAAUUCGGAUUCGCUAGACCCCUGGUUCUGGGUGGCUGGCGAAUGGCGUAAGGACAAAGGCAAAUUGAAAAUUGAACGCAUAAUGCGCAAAAGUAAUCAAAGUGAACAAAUUGGUUCGAGGAUCAUCGUUGUCGCUCAAGACAGCGGAAGAGCGACCGACGGAGAGCGAGGUGAAGACGGCCAAGACGCGGAUCAGAGCCACCAGAAAAAAUCAACACCCAAAAGGGCUAUGGUAGAAGCGGGGGCAUCCUGGAGAAGCGACGCUGCUGCCACCGCUUUAGCAUCCUCGCGACUCCAGCAGAAAGAGGCGGCCAUCCAGAAACUUGGCGCCGCCAUUACCAACUCCAGCGAAGCGGCAAGGCGCGCCAGAGCCGCCGCCAAACAACAAGAGGCCAACGAGAAGAAACUGAAACAAAUGAAAGAAGGUGAACAGCGGAUGCGCAAGGCAUUCCAACUGGCCAAGACGCAAUCCACGUCCCAGCUGAUGCGCACUACGCAGAGGACCCACACAAUCCCACACACCAGGCAGCUGGUGCAGGCGAAAGUUCAAUCAGCCUUAAAGAAAAUGACGAGUUCAUUCCCUAACACGGCCCACGUCCUAGCCAAAACACAACCAGCGACCCAGUCUGAGUGGGCCGCCAUGAAUGGUGUGGAUGUCCUCGACGCUCUCGUCGCCAAGUAUUCAAAGAUCUCGAAUGAAUCGUCGAGAACCUUGUCCAUACUGACGCAAUCUAUAGUCCUGCAAAUCUACUUGCCAGAGCCAGCGGACCGCGGACUCGUUUGGUCCUCGAUUGCGAAAAUAACGCGACGCAUAGAUGGUCACCCGGACCAUUUGAUUCAAUCGCUUCGAUGUAUUAGCCAGGACAUUGAUCUGAUCCAAGAGCUUAUAUCGGCUAAAGGAGGCAUUCUCCUCAAACCAAUGAGCGACGUCAUCCUGAAAAAGACAAACGACAUGGCCCGGGACAUCGUAACGACCGCUGAGAAUGCACUCGACGUUUUAGGCGUAUUGUACGCUUUUCGGCAGCUAAGCUGGAGCUACGAAGAGCUCCAAAAAUUACUUGGGCCGCUGGAAGAUAACGAGAUGAGAAAAGGCUUUGGAUCUUUGAUGGGAAAGAGCAACAAAGGAUCAUCGGCCCCUGACCCAGCCAAGAGCAAACUGAUCCAUUUUGUGCGCGACAAAUUGAUCUAUUCCGUUGCCGAAGUGAUGACGACAGCGACAUCGGUCAGAGAUGGGAAUAAAGAGUAUCCUGAUGAAACGAUGAUCCAAUCACAAGUGCUAACGCUUAACGGUUUGUUGCAAUGCUGCUCUCUUCACCUCACAACCCCUGACGGUGUGCCGGUGGCAACGUUUUUCGAUAAGCUGAUGGAAAAACUGAAAAAUAUCUCUGGCAAAGAAGGAAAAACCGGCGAUGACGUCAACGUCGCCCUGACGGACUUUGCCUGCCGUCAAAUUGGAAUCAAGAAAGUACGCGAUUUGAUGCCGAUUUCAAACACCACGUCCUCAGCUUCACCCGCCAAUCAAAUGGCUCUCAAUGUGGAUGAUGAACAGCGCUUGGAAAAGCUUUGCUUCCUUUUGAGUCACAUGAAAGUCGAUGUCGAUGACCUGGACGCUAUCCGUUUAGCUGUGGAAAAAGGCAAACCGUCCACAAAGAACCGUACAAAACCAUCUACUCGCUCGCCGAACAAGCGUUUGUCAAUUUUUACUGGACUCGCGAAUGGGAAAGUUAUUACGUUCUUGAAGGAAAUCAAAGAGAACCAAAAUCGUCCAGAUGAAAGCCCGUCUGAAAUGCUGGACAAGGAGGAACUACACGGCCAGUUGAACGAGCUUCAGAAAGUGGUCGAACGAUUGAAGGCGGCCCUAAUGUGGACUCACAGUGGUAAAUCUUACAAAGAUAUGAUGGAGGUGUGCACUAAGCUCAAGAAAAAGCUCGACACAUCCGGAUGGAAGGAAAAAAUAAGCGCAGCUUUUUGGACAACAUUGAAGCGAUCUUCCGACGAGAAGGAAACGCCCUUGGUAAAGUGCAUAAAUUGGGCUCGUGAGCAGGAGAGGAACAUUGUCGGAAUUUUUGAAGACUCGCACAAGGAUUUGCCAGAGACUAAUAGCAAAGAUUUUAUGUCAUUCGUCUUCCGUUUACAGACAAUUCGCCAACCGAGUAAAUCGGACAAGGAAUCGAUGGUUCCACAAUUUCGAAAGGCUUUGCAUUAUCUUGACCACAACAAACGGGUUCCUUUCACUGUUUCCGAAAUGAAACUGUUCCAUGAGGUGUUCAGCAAAACAAGGGAAGGCAUUUUCAAGGAUGAAACGAUCCUUCGUGACCAAGCCAAGUUGAAAAACGAGUACGUUGGACGCUAUGCAGAUCACCAUUUUCUCAGAUGGAUAGACAGUUACGAGGAAAUUGCGCUAAUUCAAGCAGAAAUCAGCAGACAGUGGGAGAGUUGUUCCACAGAUUCCGAUAAGGCGUCCCAACAAGCCAAAGUGGCACGUCGGAAGAACAUCUUGUUGAACCGCUACGCCGCACUCACGACGUUCUUCUUGUCGCCGCAAAAAUGCCACGAAGCAUGGCGUUCUUUGAUGCGAGAAAUGAAAGUGGACGAGUUAGAUCAACAGCUUAGAACAAGAGUAUCCAAUACUUUUGGAAAUUGCAUCCAGCAAAUGAUUGGUGACGUCGAGGCGGCCCUCAAUCAAAUCAAGGAAGGAGAUAAUGUUCAGUCAGACGGUAUUCCUGAAGAUGGAGGAGGUGAAACGCUGUGCACUGAAACCAAGCGAUGCUUAUCCAUUGUUGACACCCUGCUCACGUCAUCGAAUUGCCUUCUUGUUAAAAAAGAGCUCAGCUCCACGAUUUCUACGAUUCUUUCGGAUGUCGAGCUUCUGUUCGAGUACCUCGUCGAAUUCGACGACACGAACGCCGAGCGUAUAACGCCAUACCUAGAAAAAUGGAGGACGUCUUUGGCGACCAUGGAAGAAACUGGAAACUUAUUGAAACUAUCGGCUGACGUCCGACGAGGAGUGGCCAAUGUUUUGGACAUAGCCAACUGGUCGACCACCAGCGACGACCGUCUACUUGAAACGCUCAACCGCCGCACUAAGCAAAAUCGCGAAAACAUGACAAAUGCCCUACAACGUCAAAAAAACCUUUAUCGAAUUUUUGACACGAGAACGGUUGAUGGAUGACGUCUUGAGCGUCGUCAAGGCAUCUGUCGGUUGCUUGGGAGAAGGUGAAGAUUUAAAUCCGUCCAGCCUUUGCUGUCACAAGAAUCACAACUUACCACUGUUGAUACAAAAGCAAGUGGACAUUUGGAACGAAUGUGCUCCGGCCGA